AUUGAAUACUGCGACGUUGUUUUCUCUGGUUGUGCAUGGCAGGAGGGCGGAACCAUGCCGAAGAUUUUCACCCCGACGAACCAGAUCCGGCUCACGAAUGUGGCCGUUGUGCGCAUCAAAAAGGCCGGCAAGCGGUUCGAGAUCGCGUGCUACAAAAAUAAGGUCGUUUCAUGGCGAAGCGGGGCGGAAAAGGACCUGGACGAGGUCCUGCAGACGGGUUCCGUGUUCACGAACGUUUCCAAAGGCGAGGUGGCCAAAAAAGAGGACCUGGUGAAGGCGUUCGGCAAGGAGGACGUCACGGAGAUCUGCAAGGAGAUUCUGGCCAAGGGCGAGCUGCAGAUCUCCGAGAAGGAGCGCCAGGACCAGCUGGAGUCGAUGUUCAAGGAAAUCGCCACGAACGUCGCCGACCGGUGCGUGAACCCGGAAACGAAGCGCCCCUAUCCGGUGUCGAUCAUCGAAAAGUCCAUGAAGGACGUGCACUACUCGAUCAAGCAGCAUCGGAACGCCAAGCAGCAGGCCCUGGAGGUGAUUAAGAUCCUGCAGGACUCGAUCCCGCUGGAGCGGGCCAAAAUGCGGCUGAAGGUGACGCUGGCCGGGAAGGAGGCCAAGCGGUUGAAGGACAAGAUCGCCAAGCUGUGCUCGCCGGUCGAGGCGGAAGAGUGGGACGGCGAUAAGCUGGUGCUGACCGGGUUGAUCAAUCCGGGCCAUUACCGCGAGAUGGACGAGAUCGUCCGGACGGAAACGAAGGGGCACGGCGUGCUGGAGGUGUUGAAUCUGAAGGAGAUCAAGGAGGGCGAGGAGGUGCUGGAGUAGGUGGGCGGGUUUUCUACGGGUUUUGUUUCAAUAAAUGUUCUGUUUGAAAAAGA